AUGACCACACAGGCAAGUGGCGUCAACGCGAAUCUCCCGCCAGUUAGCUACACAAAAGCGAUCGAUAUUUGGAUUGGCGUUUGUUUGGCUUUCAUCUUCGGCGCACUUCUCGAGUUUGCGCUGGUGAACUGGGCGGCUCGACAGGAUCUUGUCAGACGUCGAUACCGUCGUCGCUCUUCGCAUCUCUUUCUGCGUCUCGGUGACAACCAACGACAUUGCACGAGUUUUCCGCCAGAUUCGCCGAUUUACAUCCCGAUAAUUCAAGCGAGUCCACAAGAGCGACAACACCAACAUCAACACCAACAAGAACACCAAUAUCAACAUCAACAUCAACAUCAACACCAACAUCAACAAGAACACCAAUAUCAACAUCAACAUCAACUCCAACAUCAACAUCAACAUCAUCGUGGUUCUUGGUGGGGAGAAUUGUGGCGACACAAAUACCGCGAGCACUCGCGACGGAUCGAUUUGAUUUCGCGAGUCGUCUUCCCGUUUCUUUUCAUCAUUUUCAAUAUCACGUACUGGUGGCGCUACUUGACCCCGUACAUGUCCGUUGUCGCGAGGCUUGAUUUG